ACAUUGUUGUUUAUUGUGUAAUAAUCGUUAAAUUUUGCUGUAUUUUUUAGUGAAAUGUGAACAAGACUGAGAUUUAACACUCUUGUUCAUCAUGACGCUUCGAUUAUUAAUGAUUUGCAGGGAGGUUCCUGCAGUCUUGAGAUCUUCCUUUCUCCCAACUUGCCAGCGUCAAUUAUUGAAACCUCCCGAGCAGGUACACAUUAUUCGUUACAACCGAAUUGGACGAAAUCCUCGGAAUGAAUCGUUUACCCCCCGCACAACAAUCGUUCCUACGGAGGUUCAAGGACUCAUUGGUUCCAGCCACAUCGAUCCUUCGAAGUUAUGGAAGUCGUUUGUCUUCACAAUUGCGUUCAGUACCGGUAGUUUUAUUGGAGUUACGAUAUGGGAAUACGAAACCAUACGGUCGCGAGCAAUGAAUGCAUUGCGAAACAAGUUGAAUCUACACUGGUUUAGGGAUCGCGUAAAAGUAGGCCGCCAGGAGAUGACUCAAUGGCAGAGAGAUGUAAAUGAUUGGUGGAACCGAUUGUCACCUGGGCAGCGUGUAUUUGUUCCGAUCUGUGCAUUAAAUCUCCUGGUCUACGGAUUGUGGAGGGUGCCAGUAUUACAACCGACAAUGGUGAAAUAUUUCGCCUCGAACCCUGCGGCAAAGGCAAUCUGUUGGCCAAUGGUGCUUUCCACUUUCAGUCACUAUUCGUUUUUUCAUAUUGCCGCCAAUAUGUACGUGUUGCACAGUUUUAGCCAUGCGGCAGUGGCUAGCCUUGGGCGGGAGCAAUUUCUCGGUAUGUACCUGAGCGCUUGUGUGAUUGCAUCAUUCGCCAGUCAUGUGUUCAAAACUGUUAUGCGUCAACCAGGACUUUCACUAGGAGCAUCAGGUGCUAUAAUGGCCGUUUUGGCUUACGUUUGCAGUCAAUAUCCGGAUACGCAGCUUAGCAUUCUGUUUUUACCGAUGUACACGUUUUCGGCAGGAGCAGCCAUCAAAGUUAUAAUGGGAAUUGAUUUGGCUGGUGUGCUGCUGGGUUGGAAGAUUUUCGACCACGCUGCACAUCUGGGUGGAGCACUGUUCGGAUUGUUUUGGGCAUACUAUGGCAGCUAUCGAGUUUGGCCUCUAAGAGAACAUUUCGUUGGCUAUUGGCACGAAAUGAGAGGACCACCGAAAAAAUAAGCAUAGAUUAAAAUUGCUUUGUUGUAAGACAGUAGGAAAUUUGUUUUCUUUAUUUAUGGGUAUCGAUGAGAUAGUUCGAAUACAUGAUCGUGAAUAGAGCUAAGGAUGACAAA